GCGAGGGAAGUGAUAUUUCAGGAAUCUUAAGAGAUCCACAAAAACGUGUGACUGGGAGGGAGAGGAAGAAUCACAGCAUCCCUGCACAUGAGGCAUGUGCAAAGAACGACUGACGACUAAUGAAGGAGGCAAAAGAGAUGUAGUCGACGCUACUCAUGCGAACAGUGAGCUGUCACGCUGCGAGCUGUGAGUCCUGCACCUGGAGCCAGGAUGUGAGAUCGAUGGUGUGAUAACAAAGGCCGUUAUUGAGCUACAGCCGUCGUGCAUUCCCCUAAUCACUGCAACACAUAAAAACAUUCUUGGUGUAGUAGAGGGAAGACACAUUAUUUCUGAGUGCUGUUAACAAUCCCUCUUUAAUAGACUUCCACUUAAUGAUUGAUUACACUUCAUCGCAUCUUUUGCAGUUUGCUCACACAACUUUAAUCACACAGCUUCCCAAACAAUCCUGGUCCAAAUGAUUCAUCUCAGUUCCUCAUAACAAACUCAUCCUCACCCUGUCUGCAUCAGCUUCUGUAAAACAGUGAGGAUUAUGAGGCCCACUUUAGCGCUUCUACAGUCACAGUGUCUCCUCUGUGUGUUAGUCGGCGUGUGUGUGCCCGCUGUUGUGGGCUCACUACCUCACACGCUGCCAUGGCACGUCUCGUGCCCGGUGCGGUGUGUGUGCCAGAUAAAGCCAUGGUUCUCCCCUGACUCGGUUUACCAUGAAGCUCCUACUGUGGACUGCAACGACCUACUGUUGACCACGCUCCCUUUGCCUAUACCCCCGAACACGCACACCCUGCGCCUGCAGAGCAACCUGCUGUCUGAGCUUGACACCGAGGCGCUGCAUGGGCUCCCCAACCUCACCGACCUUGACCUUUCCCAGAAUCGCUUCAGCCGUGUCAGGACAAUAACUCAGGGCUCCUCUCUGCCCUCUCUGCUCUCUCUUCACCUAGAGGAAAACCACCUCAGUCACCUCCCUGAGUCGUCUUUCUCCUCACUGCCAGCUCUGCAGGAACUCUUUCUCAGCCACAAUAACUUAUACUCAAUCGCCCCUGGAGCCUUCAUUGGUCUUGACUCUCUACUGCGUCUUCAUAUCAACAACAACAGGAUCACCACCAUCGACCCUUGGUGGUUCAGGGCUUUGCCCCACUUGGAAGUUCUCAUGCUAGGGGGAAACCCAGUGGAGGCUCUUCCUGAGAAAGGCUUCCUGGCUCUAAAAUCCCUCCGGAGUCUUGUGCUUGGGGGGAUGGGUCUGAGAGGCCUGGCUGAGGAAGCGUUGGAAGGGCUGGAUGGCUUGGAGAGCCUCUCCUUCUAUGAUAACUUGUUGACCAAGGUCCCCACACAGGCGCUGAGGAGAGUCCCAGGACUGAAGUUCCUCGACCUCAACAAGAACCGCAUCAAACUGAUCGAGACAGGAGAUUUCCAAGACAUGGUCCACCUGAAGGAGCUCGGCCUGAACAACAUGGACGAUCUUGUUUCUAUUGAAAAAGCCGCUCUGGAGAAUCUUCCAGAGCUCACCAAGCUGGAGAUCACCAACAACCCUCGUCUGUCCUACAUUCACCCACAGGCUUUCCUCCAGCUAAGCAGGCUGGAGAGUCUCAUGCUUAACUCCAACUCUCUCAGCGCUCUGCACCAGCACAUCAUGGUCUCUCUGCCUAGUCUGCAGGAGGUCAGCCUCCACUCCAACCCACUGCGAUGUGACUGCCUGUUUCACUGGGCGGCCUUGCACCCUCACACAGAGAAAGACACACAAACAGAUACAGUAACAGCUCGCAUGGUGCGUUUCAUCCAACCACAGGCCACCUUGUGCUCUGAACCACCAGAGCUCAGAGCUCGCAGAGUGAGAGAGGUGUCUUCUAGGGAGAUGUCGGCCUUUUGCCUCCCCAUUAUCCCCGCCAGCUCCCUCCCAUCCUAUGUGGGAGUAAGAGAGGGAGGCAAACUGGUUUUGCACUGCAGAGGUCUUGCAGAUCCACAGCCUGAAAUAUACUGGGUGACUCCCUCUGGGCUGAGACUUAGUCCUGCACCCGGACUCACAACCAAAGGUUUACAAUCUCCGGCUCCCUGCCCCAGGCUGACACCUACUAAGGAACUCAACCACACAUCCUCCUCUAGUCAUGCUAAAAAUGAUACUGCCUGUAACCCCUCCAAACACUACCAGCUACUUCCUGAGGGAACGCUGGAGAUCAACAAGGUCACUCCCAGUGAGGCCGGAUUAUAUACCUGUGUUGCUGAGAAUGUGCUAGGGGCAGAUACACGCAGUGUUACUGUGGGAGUGCACAGCAGAAAAAAGAACAGAAAAGGGGGCAAGUCUGCUAACCUGAAUGGAUUUCAAUCAUUAAGACUGGAUGCGAAGUUGGAGGCAACGGAGGUCGGACAAUAUUAUGCUAUACUGUCCUGGCAGAGAAGACGCAACCUCCCUUCGACUCGCCUUUCCUGGCAAGCCAUAUACUCAAACACCCAAACGCCUAUAUACACCACACGCAUCCUGGCUGGCACACAGAGUUUCAAUCUGACCCACCUGCAGGCAAAGACAUUUUAUCGCGUGUGCCUGCAUUUAGGGACCAUCGACGAUGUCAAGCAUGCCAACAGGAGGUUGAGAGAGAGCAGUAAGCCUCAGUGUGCCUCCUUCAAGACGAAGGACAUCCCAGAGCCCAAGCCCAGCCUGCAGCUCAGCCUGGAGCUGAUCUCCACAGCCGUGACACUUCUGCUGCUCACACUCAUACUGCUGCUGCUGGCAGGUCAGAGCUGGGACACUCUGCCCAAGGCGGGGGCUAAAGAGAUCCACGAUACCCUUCUACUGGAAAUCAAAAGUCCCAAGGCUCCGAUCAUCAAUCACAACGGACAUCAGCUAAAGCAGAGUGAGAAACUGCUUUUACAUGAGGACUGCUGAGAUCAUGUAGAUUUCAACAUGGAGUAAAACACUGACAAAAACACUGACACACACACACACACAGACACACAAACUGUCAAUGUAAAUAACAGCUAGAAGGAAGGAGUCAGCAAUCAGAGAAAGGCAGACAGAGAUUUGUAUUUAUUUUAUAUAAAGUAUAUAUUGACAUUGUUUCUGUGUUAUUGUAAAGAAGGCUGAAACCCUCGCCGGAAAUAAUACUGGACAAUCACACUCCUGCAGUGAACACAGGAACAAAUGAGUCUGAGCAGCUGAUGAUCACUGGAUUGAAACGGAAGAAAACCAACUCAAGAUACCAGACAGAUAUUUUACAGAGAAGAACUGCUCAGACCUCCAGGGUGUUUUUAAUGUUUCCUCUGUACAUGUUCCACAGACUGAACCAAGCAGACAAUACUCUGAGUGAAGUCCCUGCUUGUUCUGGCCUUUGUAAAUCAAAGUGAUUGAUGUCAACAACCCUUUUGCUUUGCUCUUAGUCCAUUGAACUGGCUUGUUCAUAUAUGCAUACAGUAUACUUAUCCAGAUUAGCCGCCUAACAUCCCAACAUCCUUUUUCAGCAUAAAGGUGAUC